AUGCCGUCGUGUCUGCCCUACUACGCGCCCGUGUCCUCCGAUGAACCUGAGGAGUCCUCCGUGUCCACCGUCGUCGCCACGGCGGUCGGCACCGGGCACCACACGCUCAGGGUCCAGGGCUACUCGCGACUCAAGACCAUGCACGGCGGUAACGGCACCUACGUGGAGUCCAGCGCGUUCAAGGCAGCAGGCCACACCUGGAGGAUCUAUUGCUACCUCGACGGGAAGGGCCCGGAGGACGCCGGCUUCGUCUCGCUAUUCCUCAUGUGCGACCCCGCUGAUACCUCCACCGGCAACGCCCUCGCCACCGAUGCCACCACCGGCAACGCCCCCGCCCCCGAUGCCUACACCGACAACGCCCCCGCCGCCGCUGAGAGCGUCGUCCACGCCGAGUAUGAGUUCGCCCUGGUGCACCACCGAGGCACGCUGAUAAAGUGGCCGUCGCGCAGCGUGCGCGGGAGCGCCUCCGCCUUUUGCUCAAGCAAGAUGUGGGGCUUCCUGCGGUUCAUCAGCAAGGAGGACCUGGAGGGCUCCAGGUUCCUCAAGGACGACUGCUUUGCCGUCAGGUGCAAGGUCACCGUCCUCCAGGAGUUGGCCAUCAAGGAAGAGGACGCGAGGCCCCUUGGCCCUGGGAAGGCGUUUGCUAGGUUUCUAUGUAGUUCCAUCCGUGGAUAG